AAUGAAAAGAAAUCGCGAGGGAGCCUUGCGUUCGACUUCGAGCUGCUACUCCUACCCACUACCGUGUGGUGGUGGUGGUGGCAUUAAUUGGCAGCUUUGACUGACCUCACCCUUCUAGUUCUCCACUUCUCCUUCCCUUCCCCAUUCUCCUUCUCUUCCUCUCUCUGGCUGCUGCUGGUUUGGGUUUGGUGUCGCUGCCGGUGGCUGUUGGAACGAGAGCGUCAGCUGCCAGUCGCGCCAAUCAAUGGCGGGGCCGGGGAGGUGAAGGUGCUUUCCCCCCCUCUCUUCGCCGUCGCUUCGGCUUCGAGAAGGCGCCGGCCCCAACCCCAACGAAGAACAAGGUGGGCUGCCGUCGAUCCUUCUCCUUCCUCCGGCGAUCGUAGGUCGAGGAAUUGGGGAUUUUUUUUUGCCCCCAGCAAGCAGCAGCGACGAGCCUCGCUGCCGAAGCAGCAGGCGGAGCAUGCGCCGCGUCCGGGUGUCCUCGGACCAGGCCCCCGUCCGCAAGCUCGGCGACGCGCAGAUGGCGCUCACGCCCAAGUUCCGCCUCGCCACCGCCGCCGUCCCCGCGCCCCCGGAGGGCCCCCAGCAGCAGCAGCUGCCGGCCUGGGAGACGCCGCUCAUCCCGGGGCUCCCCGACGACGCCGCGCUCGGCUGCCUCCUCCGCCUCCCCGUCGAGGCGCACGCGGCCUGCCGCCUCGUGUGCCGCCGCUGGCGCCACCUCCUCGCCGACAAGGCGCGCUUCUUCGCGCAGCGGCGGGCGCUGGGCCUCCGCGCCCCCUGGCUCUUCACCCUCGCCUUCCACCGCUGCACGGGGAAGAUCCAGUGGAAGGUGCUCGACCUCGGCCACCUCACCUGGCACGCCAUCCCCGCCAUGCCGUGCCGGGACCGCGCGUGCCCGCGGGGGUUCGGCUGUGUGGCCAUCCCCAGCGACGGCACGCUCCUCGUCUGCGGCGGCCUCGUCUCCGACAUGGACUGCCCGCUGCACCUCGUGCUCAAGUAUGACAUCUACAGGAACAGGUGGACCGUCAUGACGAGGAUGCUCGCCGCUCGCUCCUUCUUCGCCGGCGGCGUCAUCGAUGGCCGGGUCUAUGUCGCCGGAGGCUACAGCACCAACCAGUUUGAGCUCAAUUCCGCCGAGGUUCUUGAUCCAGACAAGUGCGUUUGGCAGCCCAUUGCUAGUAUGGGCAUCAACAUGGCCUCCUCGGACUCUGCUGUCAUCAGUGGUAGGCUGUAUGUCACUGAAGGUUGCGCGUGGCCGUUCUUCUCGUCGCCGAGAGGGCAGGUUUAUGAUCCGAAGUUCGACCGGUGGGAGGCGAUGCCGGUUGGAAUGCGCGAAGGUUGGACGGGGCAGAGUGUGGUCAUCGAUGGGCAUCUGUUUGUCAUUUCAGAGUAUGAGAGGAUGAAGAUUAAAAUCUAUGAUCCUCAGACUGAUUCAUGGGAAUCGGUCAGUGGCCCUCCGAUGCCUGAGCGGAUUAUGAAGCCCUUCUCCGUCAGUUGUCUGGACAGCAAGAUUGUUGUCGUUGGCCGAGGUCUCCAUGUAGCGAUUGGGCAUGUUGAGAAGCAACCUGCUGCUGGUGCCAAUUCUGGUAGCAGGAGUGCAAGCUACUCCAUUUGUUGGCAAGAUGUGGAUGUUCCUAAGGAAUUCAGUGAUCUGACACCAUCAAGCAGCCAGAUUCUGCAUGCUUAAUUUAUCUUCGAGCCCGCCGUGGUGAUUCAUAUGCAAAAGUACCCCAGCUGAUCAACCUUCUCCGGUACUAUGACUGAUCUGAUCAACUGUUUAAACUGCCCCUUUGAGCUGUACAACUGUUGUGUUCUGUAUAGUAGGCUCUUUUCCAGUCAGAUCUCUAUGAUCUGGAGCUCUUGUACCCGUAAAGAAAUAAAUCGAGUUUCUCCUGAACAGAGAGACAAACUGAGACCCUGUUGUAAGUAUAUGCUUGUCAGUUCUUGAACAGGAAAUUCUAUUUGGUUCUUUGGUCUUUACA